AUGAUUCCAGUGAAUGACAGAAGACAACAAGGAGAAUACGAUGAUCAACUAAUAAUUAAGAGGAGUGUUGAAUACCCAUACGAAUCAAAGGUUAUUCAAUUAUUGGUGUUAUUGGCCAAUUUGGCUCUAUUUAUAUCUGGAGUACAUCUAUUGGUAACUCAACAAUUCGAAAAAUGGUUAUGGAGCUCUCCAUUCUUUAUUAUUUACAUUGGUAUUUGCUUUUACUUUAUUAGAUAUCUUCACUUUCUUACUGGUCAUAAUCACACAAUGCUGUAUAAGGAAUAUAAGAAAAUGCUCAAAACAUACAAUCAUGAAUUAUUCAAAAUUCACAUAGAAAAUGAAGGGUCUGUCUCUGAGAGAAUUGUUUGUCGAUUGAAAAUCAAAGGUGAGGAGGAAAAUUCAGAUCUAAAUUCAGCCAUUAUUCCACUGGAGGAGGAAACGGAUGUAGAAAUCGAAAUGGAUGAAACACAAACAGAUCAAGAUAAUGUUAACCUAAUUUAA